AUGGUGAGCUGGGCCAGCGUGCGGAUGCAAGGAGACAACAGGAAGCAGCAGUAUGCAGCUCAGGAGGAGCCAGGGGUGUUUGGACACCUGCUGAAGAGACCAAUGGAAACAUUUUUUGACAACCACCACCCAGCCCUGAAAUCCCCCAUCUUGGUCUCUGGUCCUCGCUGUGGCGCAGAGGACACCUUCAGUCGCCACUUUGAGAGCAUCAUGGAGUCUCACAGAGCCAAAGGGACAUCGUACAACAGCCUGGACAGCGAGGAGCUGCUGACCUCCAGCACCCAAACGGUCCUGACCUUUGACCUGCCCACACUAACCCCUGCCAUCCACGGGCUUGUCUGCCAUAGCGCCAGGCAGAUCGUCCAGCUCAGCUUUGCCCCGCUGGCGCACGAUGAGAGGCCCAGUCUUUCCGAUUCUAUCUUUACCGUGACUGGGGACUCGGAUGCCACCAGAGCCCCGUCCAGCGAGAGGCUGAGCAGCGGUUCAGACGACACGCCACCCAGAGGGCAAGAGUGUGCGCAGCUGGGGAGCAGCUGGUACAGCAACCCGUCUUUCUCUUUACCAAGCAGGGAGAAGCUGCGUCUGGCGACAGACUCGGAGCUGGACCAGGACCUCAGCGACAGGCUGGGUCUGGGCAGCAGCGACACCCUAACCAACGGCAGCCACCGUGCCGACGUGGCAGCCGCCAGACGCCUCGCCAAACGUCUCUUCAACUUGGACGGCUUCAGGAAGUCUGACGUAGCACGCCACCUCAGCAAGAAUAAUGACUUCAGCCGUAUGGUAGCGGAGGAGUAUCUGAGUUUCUUCAACUUCACGGGCCUCGCUCUUGACCAGGCACUGCGGACUUUCCUCAGGCAGUUCGCCCUGAUGGGGGAGACUCAGGAGAGGGAGAGGGUGCUGUCACACUUUUCCAGGCGUUACUUGGGCUGCAACCCAAAAGUCAUGCCAUCAGAGGAUGCAGUUCACACUCUCACCUGUGCCCUCAUGCUGCUGAACACUGAUCUGCAUGGUCAAAACAUUGGCAAGAGGAUGUCGUGCACACAGUUCAUUGGCAACCUGGAAGGACUGAAUGACGGCCAAGAUUUUCCCAAGGAUCAGCUUAAAGCUCUCUACAACUCAAUCAAGAAUCAGAAGCUGCAAUGGACACUCGACGAGGAAGAGCUGCGGAAGUCGUUUUCGGAGCUCGGGGACAGCCUGUGCGAGUCCAACACCUCCAGGUCCAUGAAGAGGGUGGGCAGCAGUGGGAAGCCCCUGUCCGACGAGACGCAGUCCUCGGGGACGCUGCUCUACAAGAACGGAUUCCUGGUUCGCAAGGUCCACGCCGACUCGGACGGCAAGAGAACACCAAGAGGGAAAAGAGGGUGGAAGACCUUCUAUGUCAUCCUGAAAGGGCUAAUUCUCUAUCUGCAAAAAGGGGAAUACAGGCCUGAUAAGCAGCUAUCUGACGAGGACCUGAAGAACGCCGUGUCCAUCCACCACUCUCUGGCCAUGAGAGCUUCGGACUACAGCAAGCGGCCCAACGUGUUUUACCUGCGGACGGCCGACUGGAGGGUGUAUCUCUUCCAGGCACCGAACGCGGAGCAGAUGCAGUCUUGGAUCACACGGAUCAACACAGUGGCCGCCAUAUUCUCAGCUCCUCCUUUCCCAGCAGCCAUCGGCUCUCAGAAGAAGUUCAGCCGGCCGCUGCUGCCGGGGACGACGUCAAAACUGCCUGAGGAGGAGCAGGUCAGAUCCCAUGAAGCUCGAUUCAGAGCUAUCUCCACUGAGCUGGCUGAGCUGCGCUCUUAUCCCCCUGACCGCAAGGUCAAAGGGCGCGAGCUGGAAGAGUACCGCCAGCGAGACGAGUAUCUGGAGUUUGAGAAAACACGGUACGGGACUUACGUCAUGCUGCUGCGGGCUAAGAUCCAGAGCGGUGAGGAGGACCUGUCUUUGUUUGAGUCCCAGCUCCUGGAGGACAACGGGCUGCAGAGGGCUCACUCCAGCCCCACGCUGCAGGACAUCAGCCAGGCCAGCCAGGCCAGCCAGGCCAGCAGCACCAGGGACGGGGGCAACAGCAGCAAGGCCAGCGGCUGCAGCAGCAAAGCUCGAACCGAAGGCCAGAGACACAGCUACCGACAGGCCGUCAAGAAGUGAGACAGGGCGGGGGCGCCGGGAGCGGCACGGCGUUGCACUGCCAGCGGCAGGCCGUCUCCCUGCAUAGGUUUUUAUUUGAGAUCCAGGAGGGUUUGGAGCUCUGCUUGAAGGGGGAGCAGGAGUGAGGCUCUACCCCACGCCCUCCCCCAACCAUGUCGCCCUACCCGGCACCCCAAUCUUCUCAUCUACCAGAGGAGGUGCAGAUCCUGUGACUGGCAGAGUGGCUGGGAAACACCAGCGAGGAUGUUGGUGCAGGAGGCGGGAGGAAGAGCUGGGAGGUCACAGAUCUGCAGGGACGAGGUGUCUUUGAGAACGUUCGCUGGGUGCGGCAGCAGACUGUACUGUGCACUGAGAUAAAGGGGGUGCUUACAGAUGGAACCGAGCACCACACAGGGACCUACAUCCAGCAUCCUUUCCUUUUCUCCCCUUUUGUUCUUUCGAGGCACCUCCCCGACCACGCUCUCCCCCCUUUUUUCUCGACCUUUCACUCCGUUUUGGGACCAAACAUGUUUACACAUUUGAAAACAUCGCAUCUUGGACGGCCGAUGAUUUGGUUUCAGUUGAACUGUUACCGCCACUCAGAUUUGAGUGCCGCAAUAGUUACUGGACCUGUCAGUCAUCACCAGGUCUUACGGAGCCGUUACGUUCCAGCUCCUUCUUUUCUCCACAUCACCACGGUGUGUUCACAUUCCACACGGGAGCCGGACAUUUCAGCUUUUGGCUCCCGUGCGUAUUUUUUCGCUGAAGGCGGUAUCAAGUUGAAUCUAUUGACAGUGCACAACACGUACUGAAGAAGUGUUGAGGGUGCAGCUGCGGUGCGCAGCCCGGUGAGACGGCGCGGCUCGCCGCAGCUCGUCUCUCCUCUCUUCUCUAGUCGCUGACGGCCGGUUUGAGGCAACGGCAUCAGUAGAAGUUCACCGUACUCCCGACAUGCAGCAACAGAGCUGCAUCUCAUCAGGAGGUCUUUUUUUUUGCUCUACUUGAACAGGCAUCUCUUUCCGAGUUGCUUUUGCUUGUGUCCCGUGAUGUGCUUCUGUUCUCUUUCUACUUCUUGGCCGAAUGUUGUUUUGUCCGGUGAUUCGCAUGCCUGCAUCCAGCACAGCUACUUUUAGGCCUUUUACUACUUUGAGGGCAAAACUGAGAGCAGCACAGUUGUUCUUUAGGCUCGUUUAGUCCUUCUCCUCAUGCCGGUGCCAUAUUCCAACGUGUGUAAUCUUUGUCCGUACUUAUAGCCUCUCAUUUAUAAACCCUAUUUUAACACUCACCAGGCAGACCCUGAAUGUUCUUGUUUUUUCAAUAUUUUUACAGUAUUUUACAGUCGUUUGUCGAUGUCGAACCUACUCCUCCUGUGUAUGUCAAGUGUAUGAUGAAAUAUGAUAUUGAAAAUGUAAAAGGAAAUAUGUUAUCCAUACUCUUUGUAAACAUCCAGGAUAUGUUGUAUAUAACGCACCACCUGCUGUACGCUUAUAUUGUAGGAUAUAUGACAGUAUAUUUACAAUAUAUUCAACACACUAUUGUGAAGAUGCAUUAUGUGAACACAAAGUGGACAUCUUGUUUUGUUUUCUGUUUUUUUCUUACAUUGCGGUAAUUAUUCAUCUCAAUAUGAGUAUUAUAGUAAAGCCUAUGUACCUAUCAAAGAUAAGUAAGUGAUCAAGGGUUGUUUGAGAUGCAUGAAAAAGGUGAGGUAUGUAAAAAAAAAAAAAAAGAAGGGCUGUGAUAACGAAAGGAGGCGGCGGGCGGACUGGUCUAAAUACCGAACCGCAUAAUGUUGGGAGCGCAUGAUUUUGGUAGCCAGAUACACCUCGCAGCAUUAAUUUGACGUUUAGCCAUUUUCUACUCAGGCUUUUAAGACCACACCUUGAGCAGCUGGUGUGCCGGCGUCCAACCAGCAGGGAGAGCUGUCAACAUUCAGUUACGUUCCUUCAGCCAUAAUCACACCCGCUGCACCCGCAGUGAAUAUGCAUGACAACACCCGCUCACCUGAGGAUGGGGACGGGUGUCGCAGGGCUUAAAUUAGACAGGACCUGUUUGUACAACUAUAGAUGUCAAGUCUGUGUGUGUGUGUGUGUGUGUGUGUGUCUGUCUUUGCAGUGAGGUUUGUGAGCGUGGGCGGCGUGCUCAUGCUGUGGCUGCGCUGGAGGUUCAGAGGUUGAACUUCCAAGCCAGUUCAACAGCGGAGUGAGGUGAUCGAAUAUUCGGGCGUAAUCAGAGCAUGUUCCCGUCUGUAGUUUUUAGAGCUGAAGCUGUUGUCGAUGAAUCAAUCAGUUGAUCGACAGAUAAUUAAUCUGCAAGUAUUUUGAUUAUCAAUUAAUCGUUUAAGUCAUUUGUAAAGCAAAGAAAUGCCAAAUAUUCCCCAGUUCUGGCUUCUUAUUUAUGAGGAUCUGCUUCUGUCCUCGUCUGAUGUAAUAGAAAAAAUGAGUAUCUUUGCAUUUUAGAGUGUUUGUCAAAGACAGUUAGGGACGCAACUAAUGAUUAUUUUCCUUAUUGAUUAAUCUGCCAAUUAUUUUCUGAUCAACCGUUUUGUCUAUAAAAAGUCAGGAAAAGAGUCCGACAGGACUUAUGCAAAUAUCUUGUUUUGUCCAAACAAAAUAUUCAGUUUAUAAUCGUACAAGACUAAGGAAACCAGCAAAUAAUCACAUUUAAAAAAAAAAAAAAAAAACUGACCCAAAUGAUCAAUUGAUUUCCAAAACAGCUGCUGAUUAAUUUUUUUGUCAAUCGAAUAAUCAGUUCGAAGACACUUGUGAUUUCUGGUCAACGCUGUUUUCUGACAUUUGGUUGACUGAUCGAUUAAUCCAUAGUGAAAAUAAUCAUUAGU